AUGUCCGGACCAGGAGGAUAUGCGAUAGUUGACAUGGACGAGGACCCUGCAGGGGAUAUCACCGGCCAACCCAGUAACGAUCUUGAGUUCAAGACUUAUCUGGACUCCAACCCGGCUGGGGCUCGGACAAGUCAGCCCGCGACUGGUACUCGUACCGCGCCUGAUGUGCCUUACAGUCCUUUCGAUAUCGCCUACUAUCAGUCUUACUUCGACGUCGACACAAACACGGUGUUGAAGCGAGUGGGGAUGUCCAUGAUACCUCGAGACAACUUCAUUUCGGAGAUUUGCGAAGGCCAGAUUGACCUAUACGGCCCCUUCUGGACCCUGACCACCCUCAUCCUCGCCCUCUACACCACCUCCACCCUUACCUCCUCCAUCACCGAAUACCUCUCGCCUACCUCCGGAGAGCACAUCACCUCCAACAUCCCCCUCCUCUCCACCGCCGCGUCCGUCAUCUAUUUUUACGGCCUUGCCGUCCCGUGCGGUCUGUGGGCCGUCACUCGCUGGCUCGGUAUUGGAGAUUGGGGAGUCGCAGAGGUGAUUGGGAUAUACGGGUACGCGAUGGCGGUGUUUGUCCCGGUCAGCUUGGCGUGCCUCGUCCCUGUUGGGAUCCUGAGAUGGGUGUUGGUCGGUCUAGCAGCUGGAAGCUCGGGCUUCUUCCUGUUCAGAAACAUAUAUCCUGUCCUCCUUCAAUCUGAUAACCCCAUGUCGAAGAUCAUCAUCCUCGCAGUGCUCGGCUUACACGCCGCCAUGGCAUUUGGCAUGAAGGUCCUCUUCUUUUCGUACACCGUAGCAGGCUACAGUGCCGGCCCGGACCCUAUUGGCAGUCCUAUCUCAUUAUAG